GUUCAGAAAGAAUAGGAGGAAGUGUGCCUGCCAUUUGGCCAAACAACCUUUAAUUCAUUGAGCUCAAAGUUCCGCAGCUUCCCUGCUCCCAGAGGCGUAAACAGCUUGCAAUUUUGAAUUAUUAUUAUUUUUUUUUUUCUCACUCCACUAUUGAACUGAGUUCAGGCGAUGGAGGUGAUGACAGCAAUUCUGAAGGGAGAGAGCAGGAAUCUCUAGGUGUGUAGAUGUGCGGAAGAGAACCCUGUGAGGGGCCAGGGAGCAGAAAGAGUGCCGGUUCCACAGGGGCAUGAGCUUGGAAUGAUCCAGGGCUGCAAGGCAAGCUCAUCUCACCUUGCUCAGUGUCUGGUGUCCUCAGUAUUUGCCAAUUGAAUUAAUUGUCCUGCAGAAUUUUGUUGGGGUCCCAGAGAACAGAAUCACAGCACUUUUAACAAUCUCCAGUCUGAGAGUCUUCUUGAAGAACUAAUAAGGUCAGGGACCAGAAGACGGUAAAAAAAAAAAAAAAAAAAAAAGCAUCAACCUGCCCAAUUAUGGAGAUGGUCUGUCUGAUGUGGAAGAUGUCUCUCCUUUUUUGACAACAGAUGAAUAACCAUGGGGUCCAGCGGACUUGGAAAAGCAGCCACGUUAGAUGAGCUGCUGAGCACGUGUAUUGAGAUGUUCGAUGACAACGGAGAGCUAAACAACAGCUACUUGCCAAGAAUAGUUCUACUGAUGCACCGAUGGUAUUUAUCUUCCACUGAAUUGGCAGAAAAACUUCUCUGCAUGUAUCGAAAUGCUAGUGAAGAAAACUGCAAUGAAUUUCGAUUAAAGGUCUGCUACUUCAUGAGGUACUGGAUUUUGAAGUUUCCUGCAGAGUUUAAUUUGGAUCUGGGUUUGAUUCGUAUGACUGAGGAAUUCCAGGAAGCAGCUAGUCAACUGGGAAAUGAAAAACACAUCAGCCUCAUCGACAUAUCCAGCAUCCCUUCCUAUGACUGGAUGAGAAGAGUCACACAGAGGAAAAAAGUCUCCAAGAAGGGAAAAGCCUGUCUGCUGUUUGACCAUCUGGAACCCAUUGAGUUGGCUGAACAUCUCACUUUUUUGGAGCAUAAAUCUUUUCGAAGGAUCUCGUUCACUGAUUACCAGAGCUAUGUCAUCCAUGGAUGUCUGGACAAUAAUCCCACCUUGGAAAGGUCUAUUGCUUUAUUUAAUGGAAUCUCUAAGUGGGUCCAGUUGAUGGUUCUUAGCAAACCAACCCCCCAGCAAAGAGCAGAAGUCAUCACAAAGUUUAUCAAUGUGGCCAAGAAACUCCUGCAGCUAAAAAAUUUCAACACCCUGAUGGCAGUGGUAGGAGGCCUGAGUCACAGCUCCAUUUCCCGCCUCAAAGAGACCCAUUCUCAUCUUUCCUCAGAAGUGACCAAGAACUGGAAUGAAAUGACAGAACUGGUGUCCUCCAAUGGCAAUUACUGCAAUUACCGCAAGGCCUUCGCCGACUGUGAUGGCUUCAAGAUCCCCAUCCUGGGCGUCCACUUGAAAGACUUGAUCGCUGUCCAUGUCAUCUUCCCAGACUGGACGGAAGAGAACAAGGUGAACAUCGUGAAGAUGCAUCAACUCUCUGUCACGCUCAGCGAGCUGGUGGCUCUGCAGAGUGCCGCUCACCACCUGGAGCCCAACAUGGACUUGAUCAACCUGCUCACCCUGUCUCUGGACCUCUAUCACACAGAAGAUGAUAUCUACAAGCUGUCACUGGUGCUGGAACCUAGAAAUUCUAAAUCACCUACCUCCCCCACGACGCCCACCAAGCCCAUGGCGCCCCUGGACUGGGCCUCCGGCGUGAUGCCAAAGCCAGACCCCACGCUCAUCAACAAGCACAUACGGAAGUUAGUUGAGUCGGUGUUUAGAAACUACGACCACGAUCACGAUGGCUACAUCUCUCAAGAGGACUUUGAAAGCAUAGCUGCCAAUUUCCCCUUCUUGGAUUCCUUCUGUGUGCUGGACAAAGAUCAGGAUGGCCUGAUUAGUAAAGAUGAAAUGAUGGCCUACUUCCUGAGGGCCAAGUCCCAGCUCCACUGCAAAAUGGGACCCGGAUUUGUCCAUAAUUUUCAGGAGAUGACCUAUCUCAAGCCCACCUUCUGUGAGCACUGCGCGGGAUUUCUCUGGGGCAUAAUCAAGCAAGGUUACAAGUGCAAAGACUGUGGAGCCAAUUGUCACAAGCAGUGCAAAGACCUGCUGGUUCUGGCCUGCAGGAGGUUCACUCGAGCGCCCUCCAUGGGUAGCAGCCCAGGCUCUCUGCCUGGAAGCCCCUCUCUGCCCCCAGCACAGGAUGAAGUGUUUGAGUUCCCCAGUGUGGGGACAAGACACCAGGACCUGGACAGCAGGGCCAUCACACUGGUGACUGGCUCCUCUCGCAAGAUCUCCGUGAGACUGCAGCGGGCCACCGCCAGCCAGGCCACCCAGACGGAGCCCGUGUGGUCAGAGGCUGGCUGGGGGGACUCAGGCUCGCACACCUUCCCCAAGAUGAAGUCCAAGUUCCAUGACCAAGCCGCCAAGGACAAGGGCUUUGCCAAGUGGGAGAAUGAGAAACCCUGGGUGCAGGCAGGUGUGGAUGUGGUCGACCGAGGCACUGAGUUCGAGCCUGAGCAGGAAGAAGAGGACAUGGGUGACAGCAGACAAGAUGGAUGGCUGACUUCAGGCCGAGGACUCUGAAAGCAACAACGUGGGCAUUUGGAAGGAGCAAGAGGAGAAACUAUAAAGACUACUCUAACCCUCGAGAAGCUAUCUAGAAAAAUACCUGGAUGUUUACAGCCUUGGAGCACUGUGGGAUCUCCCUGAUCCACUGGGGAAAAGAAGAGUUACCCUAGGAACUAUUUUUUCUUCCCUCAGUUGCAGUGUUAGGCGCCAGAAGACUGGGUGAUGUUGGUUGUAGAUUCUCAUCUCUCUCCCCCCCUCCUUCUCACCACUGACAUAUUGGUGAAAUCAAUGCUCUGCAUGUACCUGAUUUUCAUUCUCUAAAAUCAGACACACACACACACCCCAGUGAGGAUACUGUUUCAAUAUGUUUUAUUCACCUUUAUGGGAGCAAGACUUCAAACGAAGCUGAUUUAGAGGUCUUCUUUGUGGACAUUUUGAGAGGGACCAGUACUUCACCUUUUGUCAGAGAUAAGGAAGUGCCUGAGAUCCUGGAACUCAGAGGCUCUUCAAAUUUGUUUGCAAGAAGCAGCUGUUGGUUGCUUAUUUUUACAUAGAGGCUACAUUAACUGUAACAAAUCACACAUUCAUAGCCACGGAAAUCUUGCCAAUUCUGCAAAGCUAGGAAUCCAUGUUACAGCCAGGAAGACCCUCCUAAGGUUUAUCACUCCCUGGAGGGAAAUUAACUUCCCUUGUCUCAUCUGAGCAGGUAUAGCCAUUUCAUAAGGCUCCUCCUAUGGUUUCUACUAAGAAAUGUAAAUAAAGCGACCAGGGACAUGGCACAAUGGGUAGAGCACUGCAAUUGCAAGCAUGAGGUCCGGAGUUCAACCCCCUGUACCACAUUUACCAGAGUGCUGCUCUGGUUCUUUCUCUCUUCUCUGCUUUCUCCUGCUAAUGCAUAAAUAAUUGAAAACUUUAAAGAAAAUUAAUUUAUGUACGGAGGGGGAAUAACAUUUAGGAGAGAAGCCAUCAAACCACUUAAGUGAAAUGCAAAAGGGUCAGCAGUCUUUAAAAAUGGAGAAAAGUCAUGUGUUCUUCCUAAGAAACUUCCACAACGUUCAAUGGUUAGAGAAAACAGUUAUCACAAAAAACUUUGACUGACAUUUUCCCCUAAACUAUCAGUAUUUUCAACUUCUUCCUAUAACCCCCCAAGCAGCUAGCUAUGGGCCUUCUUCUUAGAGGAGAGAGAACUUGGUUGGAGAUAUUCAAAAACUGAGACAGUCUGGGAGGAGGGGGGCUGAGGAUAAUGACCUGCCAUCACGUGACAUUUGACAAUGUCCCCACAAAGGUUCAGGGUGCUUAUUUGAGGACUUAUGAGAAGAUGUACAUGUAAGACUGUAUUUGCUCCUCUUUGGGGGCAGUCAAACCAGUAAAAACAUGUCAGUGUCUACUUUGGAGAGUUCUAAGCAGGUCCUGGAUUGGGUGCAAAAAUGCAGUGCAUGGGCUCUAUGACAAGGUGGUGCCUUAAAACACAGUGCCGGAAUGCUGGAACUGAUGUAGUUGUGCCAAACAGAUUCAGAGGUCAAUAGGCAGAGAUAUUGUAAAUUCAAUGAUAAGUUCAGGGAGCUGUGAUUAAACUGGACAGAAAGAAGACUCACUUCUGGCAAGCCCAAGAAGCCACUCAAAAAUGUUGGUUCUGUGUACAUACACUGUGGAUUCCUACCCUUACAUGCAAAAAUAAAUAAACAUUUAGAAAAAAAUGGAAAAUGGGAAUUUAAGU